GUCGUGCAACCAUCGAUGCAGGUGAGUCAUAGCGCUCGCGAGAGAUGUUUGUCGUCAGUGGGUGGAAGUUGGGAUGUAUUGUGGUAGGGAAUUUUGGGUGAUGUCGGGUCACCGUUUGGCGAUAUCGAGCGGUUUAGCUGCGGUGGUGAUUGGUGUGCCUCGAACGAGCGGUCGGGUCCAGAUGCCGCAUGUCGUUGGGAUCUUUCGACGGGGGUAGUGGACGUGCAGUUGGUUGUCUCCAUCAACUAACAUUUUCUCGCUGUCGACGUCUGCCACGUAUACAGCCAGUUCUUCUCCCACCACAACGCCCUUCAACCGCAACAACCCCUUUCGGCCAAUCUCAACAAUCACCCGUUCAGCGGACGGGGAGGGAGAGUGUCCAAAAGGCGAGGAGGAGAAGGAUUGGCAGAUGA